AUGCUGGAGAGGACCGCGGCUAGCCUCGAGCCGUGCAACCUCCAGCGAGUUCUCCCUGCCACCCUAAGGCCCCUGCGCAAGACGGCCCAUCGGCCUCAACAGCUACAAACGACCUUCUGGAGCCAUGGCGCCCCCGACAUCGAGCUCCUCGACGCCUGCCUUUCUCUCACGCGCUUGCCAUUACCAUUGCCAUUGCUCGCCCCAGCCGCCUCCAGCCCCCCCAGCCCUCCUCCCCCGUCGCAGACCCCUUCGGAGAAGAAGCUCGAUUCAAUGACGGCAUCGGCUUUCCUGCUCGACUUCCUCUACCCCAGUCCAGCACUCGGCCUGCUACAGAGGCUACGUCCAGCCAUCUCCGACAGCGACGGGUCGAGCCAGAGGGCGCGCUCUCUGCCCGGCCGCUUCUACACCUCCUCGAUCCCCUAUCCAUCCCGUAGUGCUGCCGAGACUGAAGGCGCAGAAACGCAGCGAGAUUCCUUUGCUGCGCUCGAGGCUGCUGCGAAAGCCGCGCAUUCAGAGACGCAAAAACAUGCCAAAGCCGCGGGCGCAGACAAGCAGGGAGGUGCAUUUGGUUCUUCCUACGAUCGUAUCUGGACCCUCUACUGCGAUCUCGACUCUGUCCUCAAGGACGAGUAUAGGACCGUCGUCAUGGCGAAACUCGCCCAGUCAAGUCGGCAGGCAGACGCCACGAGAGUGUUGAAGCUCUUGGAGCUCUGCCCCGUACAUAAGCGGAACUUGGACUCGCUGAAUGCAGCUAUCGACGCCCACCUCGUAUUGCAGGACCCCAAGGCUGCCGUCGAUAUUUUCACGUCAUCUCUAGAGCCCAAGGGCAACAACAACCGGGGGUUGGAUAUUUUGCUUGCUCACGGCCUCAAGGAACAGUUGUGGUCCUUGGUUCACGCCGCGCUGUUGAUAUGGCGGACUGCAGCGAUUCCGGGAGCCGACCAUCAGACAAUGACGUUUGAACGCGUGGCCACCGUGCCAAGUUUUCCAGAACGGAUUCAAGACUUGUACAGUUGGAGCGGAUCGCGCGCGAGACCCGACCUUGAUUAUUUUAUGAGGCUUCUGACCAACAAAUCCAUGCCCCUUUUCGAGCAGUCGAGCGCCGUCUUCAUACUUGAACGUCUCCGACAUGGAUGCAAAUCGACGUCAGAUUAUGAACGCGUAUAUGUCCCAUAUGCAUCAUACAUUAUCCACUGUGCUGAGAAGGGGCACAAGAAGCUUGCCGCUCGCCUUUACAGGCAAUAUCGGGCUUUUCCUGGCAUGUCCAUUACCAGCGGCGUCUUUCGAGCCAUGAUUUCUGUUCACUUUUCGGACGGGACAGUCGCGAUGGAAGAGCUGCUCCGGGACUGGAAACUGACCGGCAAGGACAUGACUCAAUGGGGGUAUCAAAAAUUCCUAAGUUACUACGCCAACCGCGGCGAUGUUGGGGCGGUAAAGCGACUCGCCCAGGAAUAUCUGGCGUGCCUACCCUUGCUUGCUCGGGAAGACACGUCGCUCACCAUGAGUUUGAUGCACGUUCAUGCCGUGAGGGGCGAGCCCGAAGCCGCCCGCGAGGUGCUUGACGAAGUCGCCAAAACCAUGCCCCCACCCACCAAGUACUGGAACGUCCUACUCAAUGCUUAUGCGCGUGCCUGGAUGUAUGACGAAGCCGUCAAGACAUUCGUACACAUGUUCGAGCAGAGCCAGGUCGACCACGUCAGUUUCGGGACUAUCAUGGGCAUGUCGGGGGCCCGCGGCGACCUUGACUUCACUCUAGACCUCCUCCGCCUGGCAAAAGAGUUUGAGGUCGAGCCCGACAUAGCUAUGGUCGACGCCGUGGUUGAGGCAUACUGUGAGAAUGACCAGUUUUCCCAAGCCGAAGAGCUCUGUAUCGCAGUCACCAAGGAACCUGGCCGUCACGACGGCUGCACUGUUCUUUGGAAUACUCUGCUACAUCACCACGGAUUGCGGCGGGAUCUAGACGCGGUUAACCGGCUUCUGGACGUCAUGACCAGCCACCGCCUGCCGUACGACAAUGAUACCUAUCGCCAACUCCUCUUGGCGCUCAUGUAUUGUAAGCAGUCGAUGCACGCGUUCCGUCUGCUGAAGGAGGCCGAGAAGAACAAGACGUUCCACCCAACAGUUGAGCAUUACAUGAUUCUCAUGUCGGCUCUCAUUGUUACCGGCGAACCAGACGCUGCGCUCAAGAUCAACGACUUCUUGGCGGCGAAGGGAGUUCCCCCAUCUGCUCAGAGAACAGCCAACACCAUGAAGGCGCUACACCAGUUAAUAAAGAAAUAUUCGGAGACACCAUCGAGGAGCAAGCAAGUAGAGAAAGCACGGGUUUCGCUCAAGAACAUUAUCAGCAUGACGGCGGGACAGAGCCAGAGCACUUCUCUUGACAGCGCGGUUGCUCCCGACGCUCGCUGGGCCGCCACACAGUCCUCCGAGGCCAUCCUCAUUCUGACCCAGAUGCGAGAUUUCUCAACCGUGGAAGAAAUAGUCAACCUCUACCAGAGUCAGUUCCCAUCCGAGCCAGGUAACGCUUCAAUCAGGAUGCUGCAUGCAAUCAUGCUCGCCGAUUUCGCCGAGGGAAACUACGACAAAGUCAGGGCAACAUGGCGCAUCGUCUUGGAAGCAGCCAAGCAAAGGCGCCAGGCACCCAAAGCCGGAGAUAAUACCACCAGGAUCCUACCCAAAUUCCGCUAUGAUCUCAGCAGCCCCCUCAAAACGAUGCAGAGAGUUUGCUUUGUCGAGGGAGACGCGAGCGGGCUGGUGCAGUUGAUUCCUCAAAUCAAGGCAGACGGUUUUGAAGUGGACAGCAAGAAUUGGAACAUCAAUGUGCAGCUACUCGCCAAAAUGAAAAUGUGGAAUGAAGCUUUCGCCGUCUGCGAGAAACAGCUGAUGCCGAACUGGACAGGUUGGUACCAAAACCGCCGUGUGAGAAAAAAAGUAAAAAAUAAUGAUCUUCCCCUCGUAUGGAGAAGACUCGGCUUUCAUCUCCAUCGCCCAAGACCAACUGCCCACACCCUACUUGUGUUGGCCAAGAAAUACCAGGAAUUGGAUGAGAUGAGGCACUGGUCCAGCAGAGUAUCUUCGGCUCUCGACAGGAUCGGCGAACAGUGUCCUCGCGUCAUACACGCCCUGUCGACUUUGAUCCGCGGUAGUUCGGAAUUCGAAGUCGCCUUAUUCAAGGAC